UCCUUUCACCCCUCUCACAACACCAACUCUCACACACACACACACACACGAGCACAAUCUAGCCUGUUCUGAGCUAGAAAAAGGCUUUUAAGCAUGGGUUUUGCUACAAAUGCAUUGUUGCUAGUGCAACUCAUGCUCCUAGUGAGCACCACCCUCACCGUGUUUGCUUCACCAAUCCCAGUAGACCCCCCAAGUCACCACCCUCACCCACCAACCCCAGCACCAGUUUACCCACCUACAUACCACCAUGGCCACCCACCAAGUGAAGCACCAGCACACCCACCUACUUACCACCAUGGCCACCCUCCAAGUGAAGCACCAGCUCACCACCACCACCACCACCACCACGGCCACCCUCCAAGCCACUCACCAGUUCACCCACCAGCUCACCAUGAACCUCCUCACCAUGCUCCUCCUAGCCACCCACCAGUUCUUCCCCCAUCUCACCCUCCUCACUACCCACCUCAUCACUACCCACCCCAUCAUCCACCAAGAGGUACACCUGUCCCAAGGAGCUUUGUAGCUGUACAAGGUGUUGUUUAUUGCAAGUCCUGCAAGUAUGCUGGGUCUGACACCCUCUUGGGUGCUUCACCUAUUGAUGGUGCCGUGGUAAAGUUUCAGUGCAAUAACACCAAGUACCCAGUGAUCCAAACAGCUAAAACUGAUAAGAACGGCUAUUUCUUCAUCACUGCACCCAAGACCAUCACCUCCUUUGGUGCUCACAAGUGCAAGGUGUUCAUAGUCUCAUCACCAUUGGCCUCAUGCAACAAGCCCACUGAUCUUCACUAUGGUCUCCAGGGUGCCAGCCUAAGGCCAGAGAAGCCAUAUAUGGCUGAUAAACUCCCAUUCAUUCUCUACACUGUUGGACCCUUUGCUUUCGACCCCAAAUGCCCACUCUAAAUCUUUUCACAGCUUGUAUUAAUUAAUUAAUGUCUGUAUUUGCGUUAUUACCACCACUGUCUAGGCUUCCGUUCCAUGAUUUAGACCACAUUGUUGUAUUGGCACUUUGGUGAUUUUGCUUGAGAUCUUGCUUGAGUUAUAAUAAAUGAUGUUUAUCGAUAGGAUUAUUAUAUAUUAGUAAUAAAUAAAUUCAUUUGAGUU